AUGGAUGGGGAAGAGCAUAUGCAUAUGCAUGAUGUUCCUUCUUCUGUAGGAAUUUCUGCUUCUGAAGCUGAAAACAACAGUGUCAAAAACAUGGAAAUAGGUGAUUUUGUGGAUGAGGGGGAAAAUCUGGAAGCUGAAAAGUCAGUUCAAUCUGAACAAGAGUGUGAUAAUUCAUUGAAAGAAAAGAAGGAUUUGGAAUUGCAAGUGGAUUUGGAGUUGCACGAGACGGUUGUGAAAUCGGUGGAGGGAGUGAGAGAAACAUUGCAUGCUGCUGAGACUGUUAGCCUUUCUCUCAAAGAUGAAAGUCCCAACGGAAGCUUUGAGAUUGGUAGAAGAGGUGUUAAAAGAGCCCGGAUAACUGUUGAUGAUGAACAACAGCCUUCUGUUCAUUUUAUUUACAAGUCCCUGACAAGAGCUAGUAAAAAGAAGCUUGAGGAAUUAUUACAGCAAUGGUCCCACUGGCAUGCUAAACAUGUUUCCCCAUCCAAUGAUCCUAGCGAAAUGUUGGAAUCUGGUGAGGAAACAUUUUUUCCUGCUCUAUGUGUUGGACAUGAAUCGACAUCUUCCGUGUCAUUCUGGAUGGAGAAUCAGACAAUGAAUGGUAUUAACACAGAUGUUAGUCCUAUAGAUGAUAAUUCCGUGCCUCUAUAUGAUCGCGGAUAUGCUUUGGGAUUGACUUCAGCUGAUGGUUCGACUAUUGCGGACAGUGGUCUGGAAAUCAUAGAUGUUCCUUCCAGGUGUUUCAAUUGUGGUUCAUACAGUCAUGCGUUAAGAGAAUGUCCAAGGCCUCGUGACCAUGCUGCUGUCAAUAAUGCUCGCACUAAACUUAAAUCCCGACGGAACCAAAAUUCUUCUUCUCGUAAUCCUACUCGGUAUUAUCAGAAUUCACCUGCUGGAAAGUUUGACGGUUUGAGGCCAGGUGCUCUUGAUGAUACCACACGUCAACUCUUGGGCUUAGGGGAACUUGAUCCACCACCAUGGCUCAACAGAAUGCGAGAAUUAGGAUACCCACCAGGAUAUCUUGAUGCGGAUGAUGAGGAUCAGCCUUCUGGCAUUACAAUAUUCACUGAUAAGGACAUGGAAGAACAGGAAGACGGUGAAAUUGUUGGAGCAGAUUCUUCAAAGCCAAAGCAGAAAAUGAGUGUUGAAUUUCCAGGAAUAAAUGCUCCUAUUCCAGAAAAAGCCGAUGAAAGAUUGUGGGCUGCUAGAGCUGUAGUACCCUCAAUCUCGUCAGAUAUAUCAAGGAACUGGUCACAGAAGAGGUCAGCGAGUUUUGGUAGCCGGGGACAUCACCGUGAGCAGAGAGUAGGUGACUUAAGGGAUGAUGGUCCUCCAGGGGACCCAGGACUCAGUUCAUCACAAUUUAGUUUUCAACCUAGGUUUGGUAGUGGCCAUGUUUCUCCGAAUACAAUGUCAGAGUGGAGUAGUAGAAGGCAUCCUUUGCAUGAAGAAGAGUCCCCAAAGCCUUUUUCAUUCCAUUCUCAAUAUUAUUCAACCCCGGAUAGGUAUGUUUCAUCAUUGGAACGAGAUUCUGGUAGCAGACAUGGAAGCCGGAGUUCUGGUAGCUUGCAUGACAGAGAUAGAGACCGAGAUCAUUCAUCUCGAUUUAACGAUAGGCGUCCGGAAGACCGUCAUUAUCAUAGUAGAAGGUGA